CAUUCCAGCUCUCCUGGACUCUCCCUCCCCCAUCUCAUUCUCGAUCCCUAGCCGGAGGCGGCGAAUUUGAGGUCCUAAGAAUGGGGAUAGAGAUCUUGGCGCUCUCCCGCCCCUCUCCUGCCUCGCAGUGGGAGCGGUUGUCAUCAUCUCAUCAAGCAAGUACCAGGGGUGUCAUAGAGAUGGCCAGCCUAGAGCUUCGGUCUUCGAGUUUGCCUCGGACGAAAUCUUUGCCUGAGAAGGUUCUACUGCCAGCAACAUGCUCAACUCAGAUGUUGGGUCAUUCUUCUUGGCGACACAUGAAAUCUGGUGUUGGACCAUGCUAUUGGAUGAAACCUUUAGUUCCGAAAAACUAUCCAUGGCAGCCUGAUCUGUCCUCAUCCAAUCAUAGGCGAUCAUCUAAAGUAUACUCAUCAUCUUCUGAAGCAUUACUGACCUCAACAUCCCAGGCAUCACAGGGUACAAUUCUUGUGGAUAAUGAAAGAGUUGGGGUUUUGUUACUCAAUCUCGGUGGUCCAGAAACUCUCGACGAUGUUCAACCAUUCUUGUUUAAUCUAUUUGCUGAUCCGGACAUCAUUCGACUUCCUAGGAUGUUCCGGUUUCUUCAGAAGCCUUUGGCUCAAUUCAUCUCUGUUGUUAGGGCGCCCAAAAGCAAAGAAGGUUAUGCUUCCAUUGGUGGUGGUUCUCCACUCAGACAGAUAACUGAUGCACAAGCAAAAGCAUUAAGAAAGGCCUUGCACGACAAGAAUGUUCCAGCAAAGGUAUAUGUAGGAAUGCGUUAUUGGCAUCCAUUUACUGAAGAAGCCAUCAACCAGAUUAAAAUGGAUGGGAUCACAAAACUUGUUGUGCUUCCUCUGUACCCACAGUUUUCAAUAUCAACUAGUGGCUCAAGUCUUCGGUUGUUGGAAAGUAUAUUCAGGGAUGACGAAUAUUUGGUAAAUAUGCAACAUACAGUUAUACCAUCCUGGUAUCAACGAGAAGGAUACAUCAAGGCGAUGGCAGAUUUAAUUGAAAAGGAGGUGCAAAAAUUUGAAUCCCCUGAGAAGGUUAUGAUGUUUUUUAGUGCUCAUGGUGUUCCGCUAGCUUAUGUGGAAGAAGCUGGGGACCCUUACAAAGCAGAAAUGGAGGAAUGUGUAGAUCUCAUAAUGGAAGAGCUGGAAAAACGAGGCAUUACUAAUGCAUACACCCUUGCUUACCAGAGUCGAGUUGGACCUGUCGAAUGGUUGAGACCCUACACCGAUGAGACAAUAGUUGAGCUUGGGCAAAAAGGAGUCAAAAGUCUACUAGCUGUUCCCAUUAGCUUUGUCAGUGAGCAUAUUGAAACCCUUGAAGAAAUUGAUGUGGAGUACAAAGAGUUGGCUCUGAAAUCAGGCAUUCAGAACUGGGGGCGCGUACCUGCUUUAGGAUGUGAGCCCACAUUCAUUUCUGAUCUUGCAGAUGCUGUUAUCGAAAGUCUUCCUUAUGUAGGAGCAAUGGCAGCUUCCAGUCUUGAGGCUCGGCAGUCACUUGUUCCGCUUGGAAGCGUAGAGGAGCUCCUGGCAGCAUAUGACUCAAAACGUGGCGAGCUUCCUCCUCCAGUGACAGUGUGGGAAUGGGGUUGGACCAGAAGUGCCGAGACCUGGAAUGGCAGAGCAGCCAUGUUAGCCGUCCUGGCAUUGUUGGUCUUAGAAGUAACCACAGGAGAAGGCUUCUUGCACCAGUGGGGCAUCCUCCCACGGUCGAUCAACUGAAAAAGCUUCCACCUCAGCUAUCAGAAUCCAGCAGAGUCAAAUCAAUAGGAGAAGCAGGCACCAUAACAUCCAAGGAUCUUUAUAUCCAAUCCCUUCAUCAGUGGGUCUUCAACUUCCAAAUGCUGCGCUUCCACUGAAUAUAAACUAUCCAGAACACAUUUUUACAUGAGUUUAUUAGAAUGGAAUGUGUUGUAUACUUCAUGGAUAGUUGGAUACAUCCAAGGGAAUAUAUAUGACCCUAAGAAUGUUGUAUAAUGUGUACACUUGAACAUCUGCUUAAUUAGAUACACCAAGGGAAAAGAUAUGACCAUCCUGCACUUUCUAAUCCCUUUGUCUUCAUGUUCUUACUAGUGGACAUGAUUAAGGAGACUUGUAUUUUUGUUAUGUAGUUGGACAAAAAUGAAAAGCAAUUAAUUUGGUACACUUUUUGAAUC